UUUAUUUAACCGCUUCCCGACCACCCUAUAGCAGACAUACUGCUACAGGGCAGCAUGGUAAAGCACACACAGGCAAAAUAGUAAAACACACACAGCACACAGUAAAACACACACAUCACAUAGUUAACUCUUUGAUCGCCCCCAGAUGUUAACCCCUUCCUGCCCAGUGUCAUUAGUACAGUGUCAGUGCUUUUUAUUAGCACCGAUCACUGUAUUAGUGUCAGUCGGGAUGUCAGUGGCAGUUAGUAAGUUCCCCCGCAGUGUCAGAAUGCCCGCUGCAGUCCCGCGGUUCUGCUAUAAGUCACUG